UGUGAGCAAAGGGCCCGCGGCUUCUAGAGCUGUGCAGAGGAGAGAGAGGCUGGCUCGGGUUUCAGAGACGCGCACACACGACUGACCUGCGGAACAUAGAGGGAUCGCUCCGAGGAGAAGCAGCGAAUGGGACAAACGGAGCGGAACGCAGAGGAACAAGAGUCCGUCCCCGUGAAUCAGGAACAGCACUGACUGACUGAUGACAAUCUACAGAAUGUCCCGUAUUUUAACUUGAAUGCAGUUGUUCAUCUGAGUGCAGCAAGGUAGUUUGGAGACAGUUUGAAGAAGAAAGGGGAAAUCUGCAAAACUUUUCCCCCAACAGAGAGACAGCCGCCCAUAAGCUCCAAAGUCGCAGGUUGUAGGGAAUCCUCUUCUGCUGCUCCUCACCAGAUGAAUAUAGGAUAAAAGCAAGUUAGAUGUCUAACAUGGAACAGGAUCGGAAGUGGGGAGUCACUGAAAACCCGGCUGAGCAGUGGAGGAGUCGCGGCGAGCAGCAGCAACCUUCAAAUCAGCCUCUGUGGAGAAAUUGGAGAGAUUUGUCUGGCGUAACGAUUUGCAUCGCAGUGUCCGUCCUGUGCCUUGGAGUGUGCAUUGUAGUUUUUGUGCGGACCUCGGAGUUGCAGUCCAGGAUAGUAAGUCUGGAGCAGCAGCAGCAGCGGGACGCGCAGCUCUCCGCGUGGAGGUUGUCUCCGGAGCAGGUGGAGCCCAUUAUCUUGGGCCGGCUGGACCAGAUCCUGGAGGAGAAGCUUGCAGUGCGACUACCCAAGACACGGGAGGUAAGGGAAGCUCCCCACAGCUGCCUAUGUCCCCCAGGACCUCCAGGUCCUCCUGGACGAGCAGGCUUUCCGGGUGACAAAGGAAGUAUGGGAAUUCCUGGGAGAAUGGGCUUAAAAGGAAAAGCAGGGGAGAAGGGAGCACCAGGUGAACCAGGUCUGUCUAUCAUUGGCCCAAGAGGACCUCCUGGACAACCAGGAACAAGAGGAUUUCCAGGCUUUCCAGGUCCAAUAGGGUUGGAUGGCAAGCCUGGACACAAUGGACUGAAGGGAGACAUGGGUCAGCGUGGUCCUAAAGGACAGCAAGGGGAACCUGGAGCCAAGGGGGAGAAGGGCGUAUGUGGAGACUACACACACAGGGGCCUCUUUGUUCAGGAUCUUCCAUUGAAAACCCUGGCUGCCUUGCGCUCCAGUCAGGCUCUGAUGUUGAAGCAGGGUGAGCCUGGCGUGCAGGGACCCCCAGGACCUCCAGGACCCCCAGGGCCCCCAGGAACCCCAGGCUUGAAUGGAGCCAGUGGCUCACCGGGUAAGCCUGGUGAGCCGGGCAAGCCAGGAAAAGACCCAAGGCUUUUACCAGGACUGAAGGGUGAGCCAGGUGUGCCAGGACAAAAGGGUGAUCAAGGCGAUGUAGGCCCACCAGGUCCUGAAGGCACAAAGGGAGUUAAAGGUGACCAAGGAAUUAAGGGAGACGAAGGAAAGUGGGGAUUCCCAGGAGGGAGGGGAGAGAAGGGAGAACCAGGUUUCCCCGGCACUCCUGGGUUAAAGGGCCAGGCUGGCAUCCCUGGCACCCCUGGCAUCCCUGGCAAGAGGGGCUACAGGGGUGAGAAGGGAGAGCCGAGCAUUGCAGCCCAAGGAAUUAAAGGAGAACCAGGUUCACCUGGAUUGCCAGGCCUAAUGGGACACAAGGGUGAAAAGGGUGACCGGGGAGAGGAGGGGGAAGCAGGUCCUGAAGGUCCAGCUGGACCAAGAGGUCCUCCAGGCCCAACUGGGGAGCCAGGAAAGGCUGAAAUCCACAAUAAUGAAAAUGAUAUUCGCAAUAUACCUCUGAUGGGUCCCCCUGGAUUACCUGGACCUCCAGGCCCCCCUGGCCUCCCAGGUGCAAAGGGUGAAGUUGGUCUACCAGGUCCACCAGGACUGGAUGGUGAGAAGGGACCCAGAGGGAAGCCUGGAGAGCCUGGUCCUGCAGGGCCAGCUGGUCCUGAAGGUCCCAGAGGAGAGGGUGGUGUCAUGGGCUUCCCCGGACCCAAGGGAGACAUGGGUCCAUCUGGAUUACCUGGUCCUAAAGGCGAACCUGGGGAAGGAGCAACGUCAGAAAUGAUCUAUGGUCCUCCAGGGCCCCCAGGACCUCCAGGACCGGUUGGCCCAGCAGGAUCUCAAGGACUUUCAGGGCCUAAGGGGGAGCCAGGCAUAGGCAUCAGAGGAGAAAAGGGAGCAACAGGUCAGAAGGGUGACAAGGGAGACAGAGGCCAUCUUGGACUCCCUGGUCUAAUAGGACCAGCUGGUGUGCCAGGGCCAGCAGGACCAAAGGGAGAGAGAGGUGAAAAGGGAGACGCAGGAUUACCAGGACCAACUGGACCUCAAGGCAUCCCUGGUUUAGUAGGACCACAAGGACUCAAAGGGAACCGGGGAGAGAGGGGCAAGAAAGGCAACAGGGGGGCCAAAGGGGAUAAGGGAGACCAAGGAGCACCUGGAUUAGAUGCCCCCUGUCCGUUGGGGGAUGAUGGCUUACCUGUACCAGGAUGUUGGAAUAAAGGUCAACAUCCUUUCCAACUGGCUAAGAAGUAGGGCUACCCGCAACUGUCUCCAAGAAGCCGCAGAAAGGAAACUUGAAGACAUUUGGAGAUAUCUUUGAGUUUUUACCCUGGAGUUGGCAUUUUCAGCGUUUUUCCAGGAAGCUGGAACCAGGGCCAGUAAUGUUGGAGGCUCCAGUGGCAGCAGUGAGCACAUUAACUUCAGUGAGACUGAAAAGUACAAACUUGCACCAUCCUAGUUAGAUUUAGCUAGUUAGUCAUUGAAGGCUCUCAGGAUAGGACAACCAUCAGAGCCACAGGGAGACACUGUAUUUACUGAUGUGUUGCUGAUGACUUCAUACACUUUGAUCUACAAAACUCCUUGUGAAAGCGAGUCAUGGACACUUUAGCACAUGCUAUUUGUUGUGUUUGAUAUGACAUCAAUACUGCAACUGUGAUUAGGAAUUCAGAGCAGCUCACAGAGCAGAUAGAUGUCUUGUGUUUCCAUGAAAAACCAGAAACAAAGGGAGACCCUCUUGAUGAUUCCUUCUUGAUACUGCCUUUUUAAAAAUCCCUUUAACUGCAGCUAUUACAUUUUAUUUGAAUGAUUGUGCAGCAUAGGAAAUACUUUGAAGCCAGGUUCACACAUCAUGUCUGGUCAUAUAUGAGAUAUAGAUUUAUAUGAGAUAAUCUAUACUUUUGUGUAUUGAGGUGUUAAAGGACACCACAAUUCAAUGCUGUAAUUGUAAGUAUUGUACAAUAUAAGACAAAGGAUUGUAUGUAUAAAAGUACUCAGUCUUUGUAAAUAGAUUGCAUUGAUGAAACAUUAUUUUACAUACAGAGGGAAUUCAAAGGGCAGUAAUCAUGUGCUGAUUACAAAAAGAUGAUUAAUAGUUGUUUCUUGAUAAAUUUAUAAUUUUUGAAAAAACAUAUUUUGGUCUCUUGUUAACCAACAGUUUGCAAGUCUUUACCAUUUUCACAUUUGCAUGCAGGAUAUCCAGGCUCUGUAACAUGCAAUAAGAUAUACUGCAUGUAAAUAUAGAUUUGUGUUUUAGCUUUUGACUCAAAAACCUUCUCCAGACAACGGCGUUCUUCACAUGAUUUAUUGCUUUGUAACUCCAAAUUGAUUUUUAGUUAAAGAAAAAAAAAUAAAACACCACAGUCGGCUGUUACAGCUGUUACUGUACAUGCAAAUAACCUAAGAAAAUGCCCUUCAUCCAUGUGUUGAACACAAAUAAUAAUAAUAAUAACUUUCCUGUUUCAAAUCAAAUGUACAGAAGCAUUCCUUAUGUCAUAUUGACAGCUGCCUUGUAUACAGACCGGUGUCAAAAUGGUGUUUCAUUUUUAUUUAUUUGUUGUUUUUUUCACUUUUUGAUUUCAUUAGUUUGGAAUUGAAAGAAAUUAAGUCUUUCAUUGUGUCAACAGGUGCAAGUGUACUUAGAAAACACUAUUUAGUAGGUGAGAGUUACCUAUUGUUCAUUUUUAAAUUUCAGACAAAGGUUGUACCUGUGAAUGAAAAUAGCCUGAAAAUCUACUUGGCCAAGAGAGCUCAAAGCACUGCCACUUGAGAAAGCACAAUGAAAAAGACAAAACGUGAGCAAAGAAAGAAAAUAUCACAUUCUAACUUUUUUGUCCACUUACUUGUGUUUUGUCUAUUUAAUUGUUUUCUCUAUUUGGUUGUGUUUUGUUCAUUGGAUUGUAUUUUCAAUCUGCUUGGAAUUAGUCUGUAAACCUAUAAGUACUCUUAAAAUGCAGUGACUUGAGCUCUCAGCCAUAUAAAUGAGGUGUCAUAACCAUAAUUCGCAAUAACAUGUGAUUUUACUUGUUGUUGUUUGUUGCUUAAAGUUGCCAUUUAAAUAACAACUUCCCCGUCGGGCAAUGUAGCAUUCACCAAAUAAUUUAUUUUAAAGAUACAUUCCCCUGAUUUUUUUUUUGUUUUGUUUUGUUUUUUUACAGUAUUCAACGGCUCUUCCCAUUCUCAUAAUUUCCUUUCAGCUCACUGCUGAUGUGUUUGGAAACACAAAACACAAAUCACACACAAACACAAAUCUUAAAAACAUCAGCAGAGAAUGGAGAGGAAAGUUUGGGUCAUUGUUGGUUGCUGUAACAAAAUUAGGGCCUGCAUCUUUAACAUUUUACAUCUGAAAGUUUCUAUGUAGUUUCUGCUUUAAAUUUCACAUUUCUCUUUUGCACAAAUAUGAAACUCACACAUUUUUUUAUAAAGAAAGCAAGUUGUUCAUUUUCCUUAUUUGCUUUACGACGGCAUAUUAGGGCCAUUGUAGGUAAAAAAAAAAGAAGAAAAUUAUAGAAAAAAACUUGGAUAUUCUCUGAGAUUAAAAUUGGAAAUUUAUGAAAAAACACUUGGAUAUUCUCUGAGAUUAAAGUGCUGAAUUUGCGAGAAAAAAGUGUUUGUUUUUGUCAGGGAACCACAUUGCUUCACUUUGCAAGUUUAGAUCAAGUUUUUUUUGUUUUGUUUUUUUUAACCUACAAUGGCCCUAAUACCCUGUUGUAUUUACUUGGUUUGCUUUGUCACAACUUUUUUGUAUCUUUAACCUAUAGAGUAGUAACAGUGUACUCUUUAUGCAAGCAAAGGAGGACUCGCAAAAUUUGAAUGCAUUAAUCUGGGUUAUAGAAAACAACCCAGUUUUGUGUCAAAUGCAAAGCUGUAACUGUGAAACGCGUGGAUAGUGUGACAGACUUGUCACCACUCUGUGCAGUAUGUAUUUUUUACUUGAUGAGCUCUUCUGGUAAGCCAUUAUGCACAGAUAUAGUAGAUGAUUGUUUCACUUAAUUCUUUCUGACACCAAGUUUAUGGUAGCUGAAUUCUGUUUGGGAAUAUUAUUUAGUUUUGAUUGCCCCAAAUCAAAUUUGCCCCCCAGACCUAAAUUUCAGUCACCCCGGAGGCCACGGUAGCAGUUGCUAGGAGCAGUUAACUUUUCACUAUGGUCAAAGAAAUAUAUCAAUGUAAGAGUUAUUAUUUCGGUAAAAUCAGUCUCAUCAACACUUGUCACCAUUUCUGUGGCCGUUUUUCUGUAGCUAUUUAUCAUGAUUUUAGUUUGGCAGCUUGUUUCCAACUAGAACCAGACCAUUUCCUCAUUCUUAAUUCUGACUACAAAGUUCUGAUUUGUUGAUUGUUCCCUACACCUGGGGCAAAAGACCAGACCUAUCUGAAUCAUUGAAUGAUUCAGAAAUGUGGUCAGUGAUUCAGAGGUCUGGAACCGGGCUACUAGGUCAAUACUUUCUAUACUGGAUCACCUCAGAGUGCAUUAUAGUGUCUAUACCAUUGUCACUGUGGAGGUAUUUCAUAACUCAUCUUCAGUAUGUAGUUAGUAAGUUAGUCGGUUCAAUUAGUUUCACCAGCUCUGAUUCAUGCCUCUUACUGGCUUCUUCUACAUACUAACAGCCGCCGAGGCUCGUGGGUACUGUAGUAUUUAGAGCCAUGCCAAACUGACAGGCGCAACAGGAUUUCUCAGAAUAUGUUGGAAUGUUGGAAUAAAUCAAACUGGUGAUUACAGCAUAAAUAUAUGUAAUUGAUACAUUGUCAAGGACAGUCCUGUGCAUCCAUGUUGUGUAACAUUGAGGAGAUCAUUACAAGAACAAUCUGAAAUGUGAGUUCACAUUGGGGAAAAACACUUCUGGAACCAGCUGAUCCUCCCGCUUCACAAUUUUAUAUAGGGUGUCUUGAGCAUGGAAUAUAUGCAAGACAAUAAGAAAUGACUGUUUUCUGUGGCCAUGGAAUUCAAGGCAUUACAGGAACAUUGAAAGCAUGAAAGUGCAUCACACAGGUGAAUCACAGCAAGCUAGGAAACGGUUUGUUAUACGCAGUACAAACCAAAUGUGUAUAUAUGUAAAUAUAUAUACUCAUGCCUCAGAGAGCUCUUCAAGUGAAGCGCUAACACUAUCUGCUUUGUUUUUACAGAAGCAGUGGCGCAAUUUUUUCUUUGGGUCACACUGUUUGCAUUUAUAUUUGGAAUGUAACAAAGAAUAAGUGGAAAAAAAAUCAUCUGUACAUAAACAGAGUUAGCCUGCUUUAUUUUUGAUCAAAAAGAAAUCUUGAUGUAAAAUUUGUGUUGGUUUGAAAUUCUGUACUUGUAAGAACAACAUCGGAGAAUGGGUGAGUGGGCAUUAUACAGAAUUUGCAUGUUAUUGUUUAGCCUGUAUGAAGCACUAUUUGCAUUUAUUUUCACCUUUUCUUCCUAUAUUGUAAUGGAACGUUAGAUAUACUGGACAUUUGAUGUUUUUUCUGCAUAGUCAAAAGAAAUCUGACAGCUGAGUGACUUUUGAGCAGAUUUCUGUGCUACCACAACCUUGAACUGACACGUAUAAGUUUGUUUUCCAAGAUUCAAUAUGACUUCCAACCACAGGUGAAGUGUUCACUGCAGCCCACAUGCUGCAACCCAUACCUGUUAUUUUAGUGUGGUGUCAGAACUGAAUGUUUGUAAGGUAAUGAUAUUGUUUUUUGCUUUCCAAAAGAAUUUAUUUUUACUUUUUAUAAUCCAAACAAUGGCAGCUGUUGUUACUGAUUGCCGAACAGAUUCACUGCUCAGUACAAGUAAAAUUUUUAAGCAAUUUGUCACUGA